GUAAAAUAUAAGCAAGUUUGUUUCAUGCUUCAUAUCUUUAUCACAUACUUCAACAGCGCUACUAUUUACUGUGCUUACUUAGUGACGAUUUGUGCUUUGGUUUUGAUUUCAACUAAAGAGAAAUUUCAGACAGUCAGCUGUAACGAGAGGGAGUCGAGAGAAUAUAGUGAAACGAAGACCACAUAUAAUCCAGAUAUCGAUUGAUAAAACGAUGAUGGCAGGAUACGCUAUUGCUAGCUGG